GAAAUUAGCUUUGCUGACAGCCAUUUUCGGCGUCAAUACUCGUGGAGAUUGUGGUGCGCAAAGUUGUGAAAUUAUGAUGGAGGAUUGGGGAGCGCUUGUGGAUAAACAGGAAAAGACCUUGGUAGACAAGGUUGGUACCCUUACAAUUCAGCAAGGUCACUUGCCAUUAGGGGAUGAAUCAACCCUCAGUGCUGCAGCAGUUAGUGUAACACCAUCAAAUGACACCAGUGCUUCUGAAGAUGAAAAAGAAGUUUCGAAGGAGGACCAGUCACUGCUGCAGAAACUUCUGCGGUCUAAACUUGUGCAAGCUAAAACAGACAUCGAAAUUCUACGAAAAGAUCCCAACUCCCCACUUCACUCCGUUAAAUCCUUUGAAGCUCUUAAACUUAAACCAGAGCUUUUAAAAGGUGUCUAUGCUAUGGGCUUCAAUGCUCCUUCUAAAAUUCAAGAGACAGCAUUGCCAGCGCUACUUGCAGAACCACCUGUAAAUAUGAUCGCUCAGAGUCAGAGUGGAACUGGGAAAACUGCUGCCUUUGUAUUGACCAUGCUGAGUCGUGUAGAUAUCAGUCAAAAUUACCCACAGUGCUUGUGUCUGGCCCCAACAUAUGAGCUGGCUUUGCAAAUAGGAGAGGUGACAGAAAAAAUGGCAAAGUUUAUGGAGGAUCUGAAGAUCCGUUAUGCAGUGAGAGGAGGGGAGCGGGUUACACGAGAUGAGCAGUUAACAGAACACAUUAUAAUUGGCACGCCAGGCACUGUCAUGGACUGGGGCUUAAAGUUACGAGCCAUUAGACUAGAGAAAAUCAAGGUGUUUGUAUUAGACGAAGCUGACGUCAUGAUUUCCAUGCAGGGUCAUCAGGACCAGUCAACACGUAUUCAGAAAAAGCUAAGUAGUAGCUGUCAGAUGCUACUUUUCUCUGCAACAUAUGAUCAGACUGUGAUGCAGUUUGCACAGAAAAUUAUUCCAGGGGACCCAGUCAUCAUCCGACUGCGUCGAGAGGAAGAAUCUCUUGACAACAUUAAGCAGUAUUACAUCGAGUGCAACAGCAAGGAGGAGAAGUUCCAGGCUCUGUGCAAUAUAUACGGUACCAUCUCUAUCGGCCAGGCUAUGAUCUUCUGUCAUACAAAGAAAACAGCCUCUUGGCUGGCUGAAAAAAUGACAGCAGAGCACCACACGGUUGGGCUGCUGAGUGGAGAGUUGACCAUUGAACAGAGGGCAGCAAUUAUAAAGCGUUUCCGUGAUGGCAAAGAGAAAGUACUCAUCACCACCAAUGUCUCAGCUAGAGGCAUUGAUGUGGAAAUGGUCACAGUGGUAGUGAAUUUUGAUCUGCCUGUGACUCUGGACUAUAAACCAGACUGCGAGACAUAUUUGCAUCGAAUUGGUCGUACAGGGCGGUUUGGGAAGAGUGGACUGGCAGUCAAUAUGGUAGAUGGACCACGAUCCAUGGCUAUCCUCAAGGCAAUUGAAAAGCACUUUGGACGCAAGAUUGAGAGAUUAGAUGCUGAUGACCUAGAUGAAAUUGAAAAAAUUGCCAGCUGAAGAUGGCCUGUGUUCCUCUGAGAAUAUGAUGUCAGACGUUUAAAAAAAAGCAAACAGUUUAUACGCCUUUUCUGUCAUUUUAUAUGAGCCGUGCUUCAUAAUAGAAGCAGGUUGUCGGUAAGAAAGAGAGCAUUAUUUUGAUUAAGGAUUUGUUCUCAAGGACAUGAUCUGCAGCCUUUUCCCUUAUAUAUGGCUGGGCUGGUGCUGGCUGAUGAGAAAAGGAUUGUAUCUGGUACCUAACACUUUUUAUGGAGAUGUCAAAAAUAAAAGAAAUUGCCUUUGCAGAUUUGUAGAGAAAAUGUCUGCUACCCGGGAGUUUUUUCUGUGAACAGACUGCUGUUUGAAUUGCAGAUUAGCAACUUACAAGAGGUGCAUUGCUGGUGUAUUUUUAAUAAUAUGUUGCAAAAAGAAAAGGUGCCAAGGUGGUGUAAUACAAGAAUGAAAUAAGUGCUUCAUUUUAGUAAUCCUACUUAAUGGAGGGGAUGUGUCAAGUCUGUGCAAAGCUCAUGCAUUCUUGCCGUGAUACUGUGGUGUUAGGUCUUCUGGACAAUAAUUGUCUCUCCAACUUCUCAGCGAGAGUCUGCAGAGAUUUCAAGGAAUGGUUCUCACUCUGUUAAUUCAUAUGGUAUGUGGAGAACCUUACCCGAUCCGUGUGAUGAUGGAGGUUUUUUUAUCAAUUGAUGUCAGUCUGUUAUCCUGUGUCUUAUUGGUUUCAUUUGAAAAAUUUUGGCAGCCUAAUGUGUUCUAAAUUUUGUGACAUUUGGUGUUUGUCAGAUUAAAUAAUGGCUGUAUGAUUUUUAAAAAAAAGGUCUUUCUGUUGGGUUUUUGAAUUCUAGUUCAAAGACAGAAGAGUUUUUACGUUGGGGGAGGGGGGGGAUAGAGUGGUACAUCAUAAAAGAAGGGGAGACAAACUGAAGAUCUGCAGACAGUGCUGUCCUUGGAUCCAGUUACCAUGGGUGGGCCUCGUGUCCUCAAUUGUAUACAGAAAGGCUAGAGUGCCUUACACCCACAGAUGUAUCUGCAGAUAUACCUUUCCUACCUAGAGGUAUUUAGUGCUUUCCGCUUGAAAACUGAACAUCAGAACAUUGUAUCUGAGGUAAUAUUUAAAUAUGUUUGUUUUAUUGCAAGUCGUUUUUAUAUAAAUCUUUAAUCAUAACUUAAAAUGAAGGUAAUGUAGCCUGGUAAAUUAUAUUUUAUAUGAGAUAUGCAAUAUGUGCAUUUCAAAAUGUCACACAACAAUACUUUUAGUUAUUAUGGGGAAAAGUAUUGUUGGAAUCCAACACUGAUCCAAAAUGUUCAACGUUGAAGUAGAUAAUAAAAUUGUGAGGAAAGAUC